AUGGAGUCCUUUAAAACUCCCAUCCUGUACCGGUUAAACAACACGCACAUGAAGAUCCACUCGGAGGAGCGUAACUUCAAGUGUGCUAUUUGUGGGAAAGCCUUCAAGAACAACAAGCAGCUCCGAAACCAUCGAAGGUGGCACCGGGAACCGCAGCAACCGGAUGCAGUGGAUCCUCCGGAUGAGGAGGUCCCAUCUCCGACCGAUCCGGCCGUGUGCAGUGAAACGUGCAUGGACACGGAACCACCGGCAGGAGCGGCUAUAGACCAUCAAAAAACGAGACCAACACCAAUGGCUAUGAAAUGCGUCAAGUGCGGGUUACGGUUCACCGGUAAAAGGCAAUUGCGUGCCCACAUGGAUGCGAAACACCCUGCCGAUGGUGUUGAGCACGCACCGGAAGCAACCGCCGGCAAACACCGCUGUUUGCUGUGUGGCAUGGUCUUUAAAACGCGUUAUCUACUUCAGUCGCAUUCGGCCAAACAUUCGGACGAGAAACGUUUCAAGCCACAGCUAUUGCAGCCUCAGAUGUUGAAGCUUACCGAUCUGUUACCGUUUAUGGUUCCUUCAGUCCCAGUGGCAUAA